CUUGUAUAAAUCAUCCCCCCUUCCUUUCUUGAACACACAUAAUUUUCUUGAUUCUUAUUUCAAUUAAUCGAUCAAAUGGCACCAAAAGCGAUUAACGUUAGUGCAAUUCUUGUUAUUGUACUGAUAAUUCUUUCAGCAAAUGCAGCCAUGGCUCAAUCAGACUGCACGAAUGUUCUGAUUAGCAUGGCCUCGUGUCUCAACUACGUUACCGGGAGCUCUAACACCCCAUCUCCCUCAUGUUGCUCCGCGCUAGGUAAUGUCGUGCAAACUCAACCCCGGUGCCUUUGCACUAUAGUUAACGGUGGUGGUGGUUCGUUGGGAGUCAAUAUUAACCGAACGCAAGCGCUUGCGCUACCUGGCGCGUGUAAGGUGGAAACUCCACCGAUUAGUAGGUGCAAUGCUGUUAAUGGCCCUGCAAUGUCUCCUGUGGCUUCUCCAGAGAGUUCACCACCAGAAUCUGGAGAUGGAAGUGAUGAUUCUCCAACUAAUCCAUCAGUGACAGGAUCCAAGACGGACGCAGCCUCAAAUGGAAGUAUUUCAAAGAUAUGUCCUCAACUCGUUGCCUUCUUUUUGUUCGUUAUAGCGCUACAUUCCUUGACUUUCAUUGGCUACUGAGGAUCCCUUAUUGUAGCCAGACGAGGAGCUCUUCGUCCAGAGAUUAAUUAAGACACAAUAAGUUAUUUGCAAUAGUUACUAAACCCUACUUUCAAAUUUCUACAAGUCAGUUGAUAUAUGUAUUUGUGUUCUAAGUCGAAGGAGAGUGGUUUCACUCUCUAUUUGUAAUGUAACAUUCUGUUCCCGUGAGUGUUUACGAGUUUAUGUUGAAUAAAUUGAUCUUUGCAAGAAUAA